AUGCCAAUUCCGCAGUUCCUAAAUGAUCUCAGACGCACAGAAACCGAAGUUUCAGUACCUAAAUUUGAUACCAACAGGAGGAUAUGGACAGCUCAAACAAUUAUAGAAAGAUGGUGUGAUAAUAUCGAAGUUUUCAAGCGCUUGAAUUUUAGAGCGACAAACAGUACAUGUUUAAUAAUUAUUGCAGCUCAGAACGAAGACGAAUUCAACGCAAUCUUUGAACCCUUCAAAAAAACCAUCAGGGCAAUCGGCCAUACACCUAUUGCACUUCAGAUACAGCAAAAACAUACACCGGAACUUAGCAAACCGUCAAAGGGAUAUGAAGCUUGUAUAGAAGGUUGUUGUAUGCAGAUCGAAAAUAUGCUAAGCGAAAAUGAAUCGGAUAUCAAGUACUUUUUAGAAAUGUUCAGGUUCCAUGUUCAUUCAGUAUAUGUAGGAACUAUCAGAAAUUACAUCGACUUUGGGACUUUUUCUGACAAAACGGUAAGAACGAUAGAGCAUAAUGUCGCCGUAUAUUCCACCUUUGCUACCCUGCACAGGUCUAGUACGCCAAGAGCAUUUUCGCAAAUUUCACGCGGCAUUACAGUUCCUGGCCAAUUUCUCGAAGUGGGAGGGAGUUCCAAAAACUUCUGGGGUCAUGAAGCGAACAAUUUAGACUGGUAUAAGAUUGCGCUUGAUACCGGCAAAACCAGAGGCACAAUUUUGAAGGAAUGUACUGCAGGGUUCUUCGCGAAGCAUGCACAUGACCUCUUUAGGUUUGACGAUGACAGCAUCUGGGGGAUAUAUGGUGCGACGAGCAACUUCUCUGUUUAUAAAAUUGAUUACAGUAAAGGGGAUAUCAUUAGAAUUGAGUUCUCGUCAGACAAAUCCAAUUCAGAUACAACCGGAUCAGAAAAAACUUAA